AUGUCGGCCGAGAAUACGAUCACUCUCUACUGCGAAGGCACUCCCAAUCCACUCAAGAUCUCCAUUGCACUUGAGGAACUGGGCUUGAAGUACAAUGCUCGUGCAAUCAAACUAUUCGAACACGAACAGAAAGAGAAGUGGUUUCUUGCCAUCAACCCAAACGGUCGUAUCCCAGCCAUCAUCGACACAGAUGAGCACGGCGACGAACUCAAGGUCUGGGAAAUUGGUAUCAUUUUGCAGUAUCUUGUGGAACGGUAUGACAAGGACUACAAGAUCUCGUAUCCCCGUGGUACCAAAGAGUACUGGUAG